AUGGCUUACCGACCCGUAUGCGAAGGAAGCAGUGCGGCUUGUCAGAUAACUUUAUUCAACGACACAACGAUGUGGGCUUUCACUGUCUGUAAGCCACUACCACCCUUUCUGCGAAGGCAGAGCAGCUUUCGUCCGAUAGUCAGGCAACGCCUUCUUUGCGCUCUUAUUUUUUCACUUACUCCGUUUUUUUUUAUUUCUCUAUUCUUCAGUUACUUUUCUUUAAUUGCAUUUUCUUUCUUAUCUGAUAUUUUAUUUUUCUUUCUUUUCAUCUUUGUUUUUUUUUCUUUUUGUAACUCAUUUUAUUCACUACUUUGUUUAUUUUGUUCUUCCUUCCUUUAUUUUCAUUCUCAUAUUUGUUACCUUUCCUUCAUUCAUUAUUUUCUUCUUUUUUUUUUCUUUCUUUUUUAUUCACAACUUUAUUUCUCUUUUGUUUUUCUUUUUUCCUUUCUUUUCAUUCUCAAAUUUGCUCCAUAUUUUAAAUUUCCUUCUUUUUUUAUUACCACUUUUUUGGUUUUUCUUUCUGUCUCCCUUUUCAUUGUUCUAUUUGUUGCUUUUCAUUCAUUCAUUCAUUCUUUUUUUCUUUUUUGUUCUUUAUAUUCUCUCGUUAUAAAUACUCUCAUUUUCUCUCUCUCUCUCUCUCUCUCUCUCUCUCUCUCUGGUCCUUACAAAUUGGGUCGUACUAGACCAUCAUUUGAAUAA